AUGUUGAAAGAGCCCUCAGUUCGCUUGCGGGAGGCUAUUAUUGAAGGCAAUUUACUUAUAGUGAAAAGAUUAUUGCGACGGAAUCCGGAUUUGCUAACCAACAUAGACUCAGAGAACGGAUGGAGUUCAUUACAUUACGCCUCAUACCAUGGAAGAUACCUUAUAUGCGUGUAUUUAAUUCAGCUGGGGCACGACAAGCAUGAACUAAUAAAAACCUUUAAAGGAAACACCUGUGUGCAUUUAGCAUUAAUGAAAGGGCACGAGCAAACCUUACAUUUACUUUUGCAACAAUUUCCGCGAUUUAUCAACCAUCGCGGAGAGAAUGGUAGAGCCCCCAUCCAUAUAGCAUGUAUGAACGAUUACUACCAAUGUCUGAGUCUGUUGAUAGGAGUUGGUGCUGAUUUAUGGGUAAUGGACACUAAUGGCGACACGCCGCUGCAUGUAUGCCUGGAGUAUGGCAGUAUAAGUUGUAUGAAGAUGCUUCUCAAUGAAGGUGAGGUGUCCUUGGAUGAUAAUGUCAGGGACAAGGGAAAUUGGAAGCCAAUAGAUGUAGCACAAACGUUUGAAGUAGGUAAUAUAUAUUCAAAAGUGUUAAAAGAGGUGAAAAAGAAGGGGCCACCGUUGGGUGCAGGCAAAAAACCAAGUUCAUUCAGAACUCCUAUACUAAAUGCGAAGGCCACUUUCGAGGACGGGCCUUCCCCAGUUUUAAGCAUGAAUUCGCCAUAUUCGCUCUAUUCCAAUAAUAGUCCGUUGCCGGUAUUACCAAGAAGGAUAUCAACGCAUACAACAAGCGGUAACGGUGGGAAUCGGAGGAGUUCUAUCACAAAUCCAGUAUUCAACCCACGAAAACCAACCUUGUCUACGGACAGUUUUUCGUCAAGCUCAAAUUCCAGCUCGAGACUAAGAGUGAACUCCAUCAACGUCAAGACUCCAGUAGGUGUGUCGCCCAAGAAAGAGCUUGUAUCUGAAUCAGUACGACACAGUGCAACACCAACAAGUCCGCACAACAACAUCGCGUUGAUUAAUAGAUACUUGUUGCCUAACAAGAGCAAUGACAACGUGAGAGGAGACUCACAGACAGCUACAAUCAACGAUGACGGUGGCGGCGGCAAUGGCGGUGAUGCCACUAUAGGAAUGGGACUAAGAAAGGACCCGGACGAUGAGAACGAGAACAAGUACAAGAUUAAGGUAAACAAUGGCGAGCCGAGGAGACGAGUGUCACUUCUGAACAUACCCAUCUCAAAAUUAAGAAAUAGCAAUAACACGCGUGCAGAAGAUUGA